AUGGCUGUGAUACAGGAGGCAAAGUCCGACCCGGCGUCACACACAUCCUCGGUGACUGCGACCACCGCGCCCAUUCCCAGCCCGCCGUCUGACCCCCCAGCACCGUAUUCCGCCUUUUCGCCGGCACGACGACGCUUUAUCAUCGGCACCGUGACGGCGGUGGGAUUCUUCGGUCCUCUCUGCGGCGCAGUGUACCUGCCAUCCCUGGUUCUCUUCCAGCAGAUCUUCCACACCACCGUGACGGUGAUCAAUGCCUCGGUGUCGGUGUAUAUGGCGGUCUUCGCCAUUGCGGUUAGAUAUACCCUCGACAUACCUUGCCCAUUUUCGCAACAAGGCCUACUUGUCCGCAGUAAAGAACGCUCGCUGACCCCGCUGUUUGGCGCUGCCGCCGCCGAUUAUGGAGGCCGCAAGACCGUGUACAUGUUUGCACUUGGGAGUUUCCUGAUUUCAAAUAUCCUGCUGGCAGCGCUGCCACCGACACUGCCAGGGCUCUUUGUGCUGCGGAUAUUCCAAGCGUUUGGGUCGUGCAUCGUAACCUCCGUUGGUGCCGGUACGGUCGCAGACAUCAUUGAGCCAGCAAAACGGGCUUCGGCACUGGCGAUCUUCUUACUCGGACCACAGUUGGGCCCGAUCUUGGGUCCUUUGAUAGGUGGCCAGUUUGCGACCUUGUCACGAUGGCGGUGGGUGUUUGGCUUUCUCGCCCUCACUUGUGCGCCGCUUUACGUCUUGGUCCUUUUCUUCCUGCCAGAGACGCUACGAUGCCUGGUGGGCAAUGGCGAGAUCUACGCCAGCAGCAGCUGGUUUGCGAUGCCACGGCUACGACAGAAGCCCCUUGUUGAUCAGGGCCGGUUUCCCAAGCCCCCCAAACCGACGGUGAUGGGGUUCAUUCGGCUGCUGAGGUAUCCUCCGCAUCUGAUCGUUUCUGUCAAUGGUGCCCUUUCGUUCGCUGGACUGUAUGCGAUAUACGUGACAUUUCCAUCUGUCUGGGAAGAACGAUAUGGGUUUUCCAGCGCAGAGGUAGGGUACCUGUAUCUGGCUCCCGGAAUCUCACUCCUCAUUGCCUCAGUGCUCACAGGACGCCUUUCUGAUUACCGUCGGGCAAAGGCACUCAAAGCGGCACAGCAAGCUGCCGGGUCUGGGUCUGUCCUACCCGAGCAGAGGAUUUCCCUUCAAAUCUUUGGGUUUAUCAUAUCGGGCGCUGGAAAGGUGUUGUACGGGUGGUUCACUGCCCACGAGAUCCAUCCGAGUGCUGGGCUAGUCGGAUCAGGCAUCGCGGCUGUUGGGACGGCGAUCAUAUUCGUCACCAGCACUUCAUUCCAAACGGAAUGCGAUCCCUCGCAGGCGGCCAGCCUGGUGGCACUGGCGGGACUCGUCCGCAACAUCGCCGCGGCGAUAGCGGCGGUGAUUAUCGACCGGAUCGUGCGCAGCAUCGGGUACGGAUGGUGCUUUACCGGGCUGGGGAUCCUGGACGUUGCCUGCGUUGCGGGCGUUUUGCUCAUCAUGUGGAAGGGCCAGACCUUCCGUGAGCGUCGGCUCGCUCGAUCGUAG